AUGGAGGCCCUGGACCGAUCGAAACGGGUGGAGAGUGUGGACGGUUUGGCCGAGGAUCAUCAGAACGAGGCGGCUCUCCAAGAGACCAGGGCCACGUACAUGCCUGCAGCCGGUGAGACCCCGGAAUGGGAAAAAGAGGAAGUUGCCCUUGAUUUCCUGGACGGCAAGGAGACCUCCACCUCCUCUUCAGCCACAACUUCCUCCUCUUUUUUCUCCAAACUAUUUGCGCGGAUGACGGGUAACGCCGUCCUGUCAGCGGCGGAGGUGGAUCCUAUCAUGGAGGAGAUGAGGAUGUUGCUGAUUGGGAAAAACGUCGCGAGCGAAAUCGCCCAGGACAUUUGCGAAUCGGUGCGCACCUCCCUGGUGGGGCAGAAGCUGCCAAGCCUCACAAGCGUGAAGACCGUUGUGCGGGAGGCCUUGGAAAGGGCCAUCGUCCGUGUCUUGACCCCGCGAAAGUCCACUGACCUCUUGCGCCAAGUCAUGGCGGCCAAGGCUGAGGGACGGCCUUAUUCGGUCGUUUUCGUGGGUAUCAACGGCGUGGGGAAGUCCACCUCCCUCUCCAAGGUGUGCUACUACCUGAAGCAGCACGGUCUCCGGGUCUUAAUUGCCGCCUGCGACACCUUUCGGUCCGGCGCGGUGGAGCAACUGAAGGUGCACGCCCGGUGCUUGGAAGUCGACCUCUACGACAAAGGCUACCACAAAGACCCGGCAGCCGUGGCGAAAGCGGCGAUCAAAGAGGCUACCGACAAGGGCCACGACGUCGUCUUGGUGGACACGGCGGGAAGGAUGCAAAACAAGGAGCCUCUGAUGCGCGCGCUCGCCAAGUUAGUCUCUGACAACCAGCCUGAUUUGGUCGUCUUUGUGGGGGAGGCUUUAGUCGGCAACGACGGCAUCGACCAGCUUACCGUCUUCAACCAGGCGCUGGCCAAUUAUUCGCCGCCAGGGAAAACGCACCAGAUCGAUGGCAUCAUCCUGACGAAGUUCGACACUGUGGACGAGAAAGUGGGUGCGGCCCUAUCCAUGUGCUACAAGACGGGACAGCCCAUUCUUUUCGUCGGUACGGGGCAAAAAUACACGCAUCUCAAGAAACUCAAUGUCAACUUGAUCUUGAACUGCCUUUUUAGGUAA